CAAUUUUUCAAUGCUUCAUCGUCAGCCAAUGCAUUCGUACCGUCCUAUUAAUAAGAAGGGCCUUGUUUCCAACUCAACUCUCUCUACCUUUCACCCUAAGUUUUCCUUUUGCAAACGACAGCUUUCAAAGCUCUUUUAUUGGCUCUAAGUCGAAAGCUGAUUGGCUUUUGGGCAGAGAUUACUCUAUUACUUGCACUUCUUGGGGAUUCCGUCAUUGCUCUUAGAAGAAGAUUAAGCUUUCUUAUUCGACAUAUGCAUUUUUAAGGAGAUGGCUUCCCAUGAGCAUGAUUCAGAUAUUAUUCAGUGGGGUCUUCGUCUACUUGAUGGUGAUCCAGUUUAUAAUUCUUCAUACUACUACGGUGACAUGAUACAACACAAUGCUAAUGAUAUCUACCAUGAAGAGUAUUUCAGAAGUCAUUAUGAUACAGAAUCAAACCAUGUGGAGAAUGAUGAGAUCAUUGCACGAACUCUUCAAGAGGAAUUUUCAGGACUAUCUGUAACAGAAGCCUCUGAAUACCCACAUGCAGGAGAAGCGCAAGCACAAGCAUCCGUUCUUGCAGAUGAGUGGCAUGGUGUAUCUACAAGGAAUUAUUGUUCAGACCAUGAUUAUGGCCAGGAAGAAGCUUCUAGUUUAUGUUCUAGCCCUGGUAAUCAUUUGGAGCUAACUGAUGAAUGUGCACUUGAUGGUGAAGUAGACUGGAGCUUGAAUCCCGUUCCUCAUAUUCCUAGAAUUAAUGGAGAAAUUCCUUCAUUUGAUGAAGCGACUUCAGAUCAUCAAAGGCUACUUGACAGACUGCAGAUAUUUGGCUUCCUUGAAUGCAAGGUUGAAGGAGAUGGAAACUGCCAGUUCCAUGCUUUAUCAGACCAAUUGUAUCACACACCUGACCACCACAAGUAUGUGAGAAGCCAAGUCGUAAAUCAGCUGAAGUCUCAUCCGGAGAUUUACGAGGGAUAUGUUCCCAUGGCAUAUGAUGACUAUUUGGAGAAGAUGUCCACGAAUGGUGAGUGGGGUGACCAUGUUUCAUUGCAGGCAGCUGCUGAUUCGUACGGGGUGAAAAUUUUUGUCUUGACUUCUUUUAAGGAUAACUGUUGCAUAGAGAUUCUUCCUAAUAUCCAAACUUCAAAACAAGUUAUUUAUUUGAGUUUCUGGGCAGAGGUGCAUUACAACUCAAUUUAUCCUCAAGGAGGGUCGCCCUCAAGUGAGUACAAAAAGAAGAAAAAGUGGCGGAUAUUUGGGAAUAAACAUUAGGAAUGUUUGGAUGGCAUUAGGCACAUUUCUCCUCCUGUUGUUGCUGAUGUUGCUUAAACCAUGUAGAUUCGUGGUUCAGGACCUGCUCAGAUCUCAUAUUUUUGCACUUCCAAUGUUCGUCCAGGCUGGAUUAUCUCAUUGUAAGAAAAACAGAGUUGAAAGGGUUUCAUUGAAUCUUCCUCGGCCUUCAGCUUAUUGUUUUCUUCACGUGUAGCUUGGUCGGUUCAAUAGAUUUGGAAUGUACAAAGAUAUUUCAAAUAAUUGAAAUGAAUUCUUUCCCAAAAAAAAAAAAAGAUACUCGAAAUGAAUGCAUUAGUAUCAUGGAAAGCAUUCCAUAGUACACGUAUGCUUUUAUAGGAACACAAAAGUGAAAUAUAUGCUUCAUGGUCUAUGCAAAAAUUGUGUAUAAUUGGCAGGUGUCAUAAACGGAAAGCACGAUAAUUUUGCGGAAAUAUUGUAGCGCUGUAUAUUGAGAUAUAGUAUAUGGUUAAAUUCAGGAUUUUUGUUGGAGAUAUAGAGAUGGGAACUAAGGUUUUGAUAACCUUUCAGUCAUUUAUCUCGUACAGUUGAUUCGUUUGUUUGGUCAAUAGUGAAAUAUAUGCACUUGCUUGAGUACGCAUACAGAGAUUCGAAGGAUACAAAUUGUUUUAGGCUAUCCUUGAAACUGGUUGAUGAAUAACUUUUCUUUGUAUGGAUUGUUUUCUGAAUGUUUUGCUUACCAUAGCAGAAGUGGGAUUUGAUUGGACCAAAGUAAUUCCUGUUGAAUCAAUCUAUUGCUAAAGCCACAUAUACGGUUCUUUGUAUCCAAUGAUACUCUGCUUUUAUUAAUAAUCGUACCCUCAUUUGUACAAUUUCAUGCUCUUAGUUUCCCUGUUUAAACGUGUGAUUGUAGAAUAAAAUUCUACAAAUCUUAAAUGAAUUGCCGCUGGUGACUUCCAACUAAAUCGGAAAGCUCUGCCAUUGAUUAUGUCAUUUUUGUGCUUCAUAAUAAAUCAUGCACUUGCUUCUUGGCCAUUGGUGAAGUAUACGUUUCAGUGCAGAGUGGUGGUAUACUUGCUUGGCCGUUGAAGUGCACAUUUGAAUACAGGGCAAUGCAGAGUAUUAGGAACAGCUCAAAAGAUUUAUCAACCAUUUGCUUCUGGUUUCAAUGGCAACCAAGCCAACAGUUCAGGUUUCAUUGUAGCUUAGAAUAAAAGCGCUUCACUGCUUUCUUGGCAACAGCACAAGAACAUAGAUUUUCUGCUUUUUGGUUUCUUAUCAUCCCUGAGGUUGGUUUACAGGAUUAGACUGAGACAUACAGCUCUCAGCUUGCUUCAA